AUGAAAGCCUCGAAUGAUGCAGGUUCACUGCUGCAGUGCCCACAGUGCACCUUGCCGAUUACAAGAUGUGGUGCACUAAUUCCUUUUGUUUCUGCAGCUGGCGACGGUGAGAGGAAGGUGACAAUAGCGAACUGCACUGGAACUGACGACCCAAACGACACGGGUGACAAUGCCACAACAGAGCAGCAAGCUUUGUGUGGUAUUUGUGAAGAAGCUGAUGCAAAGAACUACUGCGUGCCAUGUGGAUUCCCUCUCUGUGAAUCAUGCCAGCAGUCCUCGCACCAACGGGGUCGGUAUCGGGCACACGAGGUUGUCCCUCUACGCACGGCACACAGGCGAGGACCCAGAAUGUGCGUUGAGCACGCAACUAUGCCACUUGACCUGUACUGCUUUAGUUGCUCCUCCUGUGUGUGUCUCACGUGCUGCUUUGGUGGAAGCCACAAGGGCCACGAAGUACAAACACUAGAUGAUGUUGCAGAGAAGAUGCGUAUGCAAAUGAAGGGGGAAAUGAAAACUUUGCAACAGCUGGCGGACACUACCCGGGAUGCAUCCAUUAAAUUAAGGAAGCAACUGCCUGGGCAUGAGCGGGCUUUUGCACUGGUGAAGGAUAAGGUAGAACGGUGCUUUGGAAAUUUGCGAAAAGCCCUAGAGGAACGCGAGCGGGAGUUACUGCAGCAAUUAUCGGAUCACACGUGCCAGGUGAAGAGCGAUAUCAUACAGCGCGCGACCCAGUCUGAGGCGGUACAUGACGCAGUUCGAAGCAACGUGUUGCGCCUGGAGGAAUUCCUCGCGUCGACGGAGGCUGCAGACACAGUGCGAUUUAAUGAGGUGGUGACGAGGAGCAUUAACGCUUUGGAAACGGUUUCGACACAUGUGGUCACCGAGAGCAGUGGUGCACUCCGCGCAAUAGAAGAGCGUCUUACCCGUCACGACGGUGUUGCUUCCUUCGCUGGUGACAAAGAGGAGGAUCUCGUGCGGGCUGUGAGAAGAUUUGGCUGUUUGCAGCUUCCUGAGGCGUUGUGCGGUGCUCCUCCGCCCGCUGACGGAGCACAAGUAGCCAGCAUGUGCAUUGCUGAAGCAACAGCUCCAUUCGCUGCUUCGCAGGAAUACAUGAGGGAGACUUGCCCUGAGGAGAGGGGACAACGACAUAUGCAUCAGACGUUUGAAACACUCCUUUGUGGUGCUCAUGUUCGCAACAGCGAGGCUUCGACGAGCACACGACCGGGUCUCAAACUGAGUUGGAACGACCCACGCAGUAGCGAUGAUUUCAUGAGGGCAACAGUGCCGUCGCUCCUGUUGGCCCCGGCGAGUUCUCGCGUUUCGACUGCUUCUCCUGCGAUGGACACGUCCACCUCCAUUGGCGUGGAGCCGCACCUGGCGCUAAAGUGGAAGCGCCUCCGCAGCAGCGAGGCCAAUGACGAGAAGAUGGGAGAGAAAAAAAUGUCGCCUUUAAAGAAGCAUAGAACGGUAACGCAUCUGCCACCAGCACUGGGUAUGCUUAGAGAUCCUUUCCUGUCGAAUCACCCGGUGAAGGGAGAUGGUGACACCGUGGAGGUCGGAGUCGUGGAUAGCGGUGCUUCCCCUGCGGCGAUGGUGAAGGAGGGAGACAAGACGUUGUCAAACGGCAGUAGCGCCAAAGGUUCAACACUCCAGCUAAAGUUGCGUCUUUAG